AUGGUGGAUCGGGUCACCAAGAGCCCUAAGUUCUCGUUGGGGGUUCGACGGAUGAAGGCAGCGUGUAUGGCUGCUGGUAUGGAGGGUGGCAAGCAUGCAGUGCGAGAGCAAGCGACUGUUGGAAAAUUUAAUCCAGAGGAGGCAAGUGCAGUAGUGGAGCAGACACAAGCAAUGCAUGCCUCCGUUAAGUCCUUUAUGGAGACAAGUUUUGCUUUAUAUCUCCAUUUGGGUGAGCUGGAUUUGGCAGGCCUCCGUCAACUAUGCUACGAUCCCGACCCCUAG